CCAUUUUGUAGAGAAUAUGAAACAUCUUCAAAGAACGAAGACUUUGCCGAAUGGUUUAAAAACAAUAAAAUGUGGAUGAGCAAAAAUUGUCGAUCCGAUAUCAUUAUGGAGGCCAUUUCACUUUUUCACCUCGUAGAAAGUACACAACUGAAAAUAUAAUGGUAAAAGAUGACCAUGAGGUGGGGUUCCUUUCAUAUUUUACUAUCUUAGAUGACCUUAAGAUGUGUGGGUUUAAUGUCCUUAAUGGAGAUAAGUUCUGCUAUCUUAAACCCAAAACUCCAAUUAGUGAUUUGAACGGGCUGGUACAAUUGGAGGAUGAUGAUGAUGUUCUAUCCAUGCUUUCCUCAUAUAAGAAAUGUAGAAUUUCUACUUUUGAAAUAUACACCUUGUCAAGCAAACAUGAUGUUCUGCCAAAUUUACAUCUUGAUGGAGAAGUUCAUAUGGAUGAUGAUUCAUCAGAAGAUGGGGGGACAAAUAUUGGUUCAGAGCAUAAUGACACAGGUUUGUAUACUUUUAUUUCUUAUUUAAUACAUUAUAAUAGCAAUUUUAUUACUUUUACCACCUAAGUACUGCUAACGAUAUAUUAACACAAUGCAAUAUCUCUUUUCUUUUUUAAUAAUUUACAAAUAGGUCCACAAAAACAAAA